AUGUGGGACAUAAACCUAGUGCUGUGCUUCUCUCAGAGGCACAUUUGGUGGUUACUGUCAGUUCCUAGCAGUGGUUAUUACAUUAGGCUUUUAAAUAAACCUCUUUCUGUCUUUGAUCAGGUCCCUUCUGUGACAUCUGGAUUUCAGGCAGCAGUUGACUUGCUCAGUCCUUUGGCUUUAUUUCAGUUUUCUGCAGUCACCCGAGGAAAGGAAUCCCCUUCAGAGCAGAAUCUUCAGAAUCUCAAAAUUUUGGGCCUGGCCUACUUCCUGUACCUCUUCCUGUUUUCUGGCUUGGAGUACACACUGAGUUUUCUCACUCACCAGAGAUUCCACUUCAGCAGCAUGCAGCAGGGCAAGAUGUUUUUCUUUAUUGGAAUUACAAUGGCUGUGAUCCAGGGAGGCUAUGCUCGCCGAAUCAAGCCAGGAAAUGAAAUCAGAGCUGUAAAAAGGGCUAUUAUGUUGCUGAUUCCAGCGUUCUUGUUAAUUGGAUGGGCUGCAAAUGUGACCAUGCUGAGUGCUGGACUGUUGCUGUACUCCUUCGCUGCAGCCAUUGUGAUCCCGUGUUUGUCAGCAGUGGUGUCAGGCUAUGGCACUGCUGGCCAGAAGGGACGAGUCAUGGGCAUCCUGAGGAGCCUGGGGGCCCUGGCCAGAGCCCUGGGACCCAUCCUGGCAGCUGCAGUUUACUGGCUGGCUGGGGCAGAGAUUUGCUUCACUGUCUGUGGAGCUUUUUUCCUUCUCCCCUUGGCUCUACUCAGGUCUAUAAAACAGCAGACAAAGGAGGAGUAGGAAGGAACCACAAAACCAUCACCAGCUUCCAAGGACCUCUGCAAGACCUGACUCAUGGCACCUGACUGCUGAGUAAAUAGGAAAAGGAGGAUUUUGAUCUUCUGGAAGGAGAUACACAAUGCCCAUUUUCAGUAACAACACACAGCAGUUAUGUUUAAGGUGGCCUCCCAGCCAGCUGGGUUAGCUUUGCAAACAGAAAAAACACCAAACAAACGAAAACAGACACCCCCCACCUCCCUGAAGAGUUGAGUAAGGCAUUAAGAGCAGCCAAGCAGUAGAGACACCACAGGAACAGCAGGCCUGGAGCCCUCCCCACUGCCCAGGUGCUGUUGCACACAGGGCUCUGCAGGGCUGGGCUGGCACAGAACAAACCCUCAGGCCCACGCUGCUGCGGAUUUUGUACAAGUGGUACGAGAGCUCUGCAAAUGCUGCAUCCACACCUGCAAGCCUGAUGUUCAAAGCAGAAGCACACUACAGGCUGCCUGGUACCCCAGUGGUACUUUGGCACAGGUGGACUGUUUUUAAUAUACAAUUAAAUUUGGAGAGAUGUUUUAUACUUCUAAUACUGUGUGAUGUUUUUGAUGACCAAACCCUGGUUUUUUUUGCAUUACAAUAAAUGGUUACAUUGAACAGUCCUGUGGUCAGUUCAUUACAGCUGUUACACCCCUCUGAACUGAACAUCCCUGUCUGGCUGAGUCAAAAAGGAGCCAGAAUUUUAACCAAGGUGCCAAAGGCCUCCUUGAGGGAACCAGCCAGGGAUGACAGCACCAUGCUGACCCCAGCUAAGGAGUGAAGGAAGGAACCUCCAUCACUGCUGAGCUGGGAAUCUCUGGCAAGGAAGUCCUGCAGUAGCCAAUUUGAGAAUUUUCUGAGAAUGAAGUCAUCAUCAAUCAACACAACCAUUAAAAGAAGACUAAACAAAUGUGGCUACAGAAUAAAAAUGUACAAAUUUUGAAAGCA